GCUAGGUUUUAUACUUAGUGAUAUCAAAAAUGGACCUUGUCCUCAUAAAAUCAGGCCUAGUUUUAAAGGUGCUGUUAUGUUUGUGUUUCUUGCUUUCAGCUUCUUCCCUAGCCAGUGCCACUAACACCACAAGGUUGAGAGGGAAAGAGACGGACCGAGUUGCACUUCUAGCCAUCAAGGCUCAAAUGAAGCACACCGAUAGCUCGGUCCUGAGCUCCUGGAAUGAAUCCAGUCAUGACUUCUGUCAGUGGGAUGGAGUUGGUUGCGGUCGCCGGCAUCAAAGGGUGACAGUGUUAGACCUACAUUCGCAGCAGUUAGCAGGAUCCUUAUCCCCCCACGUAGGUAAUCUAAGCUUCCUCAAGCUGCUAUAUUUACAAAACAAUAGCUUCACAGGUGAAAUCCCACCACAUAUUGGUCACUUGAGGAGGUUGCAGAUUUUAAGACUAGGAAAUAAUUCCUUCAGUGGCGAAAUCCCUGCCAAUAUAUCCAGUUGCUAUAACCUCAUAAAACUAGAUUUCGGGUUCAACAAUCUGGUUGGGAAGAUUCCUAGCACAUUGGGGUCCUUGUCCAAGCUCAGCAUAUUUGGGUUUUACUAUAAUAGCCUAUCAGGAACGAUCCCACCUUCAUUUGGCAACCUUUCAUCCUUAGUUGGGCUUUUUGCAAUUGACAAUUUCUUGGAGGGAGGUAUUCCUAGUUCCAUAGGGAAACUUAGAAGCUUAAAAGACUUUGUUGUGGGGGAGAAUACGUUGUCUGGUGCUGUUCCUUCUUUCAUCUUCAACAUCUCAUCUCUCACCACAUUGGACUUGAUGGGAAACAAAUUCCAUGGCAGGCUUCCCUCAGAUAUGGGAAACACUGUUCCUAAUCUCGAAAUCAUAGAUGCUUCUUUAAACGAGUUGAUCACAGGAGCCAUUCCCAUGUCCAUAUACAAUGCCUCAAAUCUUAGACAAUUUAUUGUUUAUGGAAACGGAUUAACUGGACAAGUACCUGCUUUGCAUAAGCUAUAUGGCCUCUGGGAGUUUGUCAUUGGCAAUAAUUAUCUCGGAAGUGGGAAAGCAGGUGACUUGAGAUUUCUGUCGGAUUUGACCAACUCCACACAAUUGGGAACUCUUGAUAUAUCCGGCAAUAAUUUUGGAGGGAUGCUGCCCACAACUCUAUGGAACUUCUCAAAAAGUCUGGUUCAAUUUUCUGUCAUGGGCAAUCAGAUACAUGGAAACAUCCCAAAUGGGAUAGGAAAUCUUGUCAACAUGGAGAAUCUGGAAAUGAGCUACAAUGAAUUCAACGGAAGCAUUCCUGGCGAUAUUGGGAAGCUUCGGAGUUUAGGGAGAUUGGCUCUUAACAACAACAAACUAUCAGGUGAUAUCCCUUCCUCCCUUGGGAACUUAACAGAGUUACUCAAACUUUACUUGCAAGAAAAUGAACUUCAAGGUAUCAUACCUCCAAGUUUGGGCAAAUGCCAGAAGCUGCUUCAGUUGCAACUUUCUCAAAACAAUCUCAGUGGUUUAUUAACUCCACAAAUUUGGAGUCUCUCAUCAUUAGCAGUGGGUUUGAACUUGUCUCAAAACCACUUGACUGGUUCUCUGCCCAUGGAAAUCGGAAAUCUGAAGGGUCUGAGUUCUUUGGACCUUUCUGAUAACAUGUUAUCCGGGGAAAUUCCAACUAGUAUUGGCAAGUGUCAAAGUUUGGAAGUCCUCAACUUGCAAGGCAACUCCUUCCAAGGCUCAAUUACUUCGUCUUUAGAACCACUGAGAGGGCUUCAAUUCUUGGAUCUCUCUCGAAACAACCUUUCAGGCAAGAUUCCACAAUACUUGGAGGGGUUUAAAUUGCUAAACUUGAACCUCUCCUUUAAUGACUUCCAGGGUGAGCUGCCAGUUGGAGGGGUCUUCAAAAAUGCCACUGCAAUUUCCCUUGUUGGAAACCAAAAGCUCUGUGGCGGUGUUGCUCAACUCCAGCUACCCAAAUGCACCUACACUUCGAAAGAUUCUAAGAAAAGGAGGUUCAAGCUGGUAAUCUUUUUAGUCCCUGGACUUGUGGUGGUAAUCUUGGUGGUGCUCUGUUAUCUAUAUUUUCUUCCAUUAAGAAAGAAGCUAAGGAAAGAGCCUGCAUCAAGCAGUUUGGAUAAACUGUUGCAAGUGUCAUAUAGUGCUCUUCUAAAAGCUACUGAUGGAUUCUCUUCUACUAAUCUGGUUGGUGCUGGUAGUUUUGGGAUGGUCUACAAAGGUGUCCUGGAAGAUGUUGGAACUCUAGUUGCUGUCAAAGUAUUUAACCUCUUACGCCAGGGUGCUUCUAAUAGCUUCAUAGCCGAGUGUGAGGCAUUGAGGAAUAUCAGACAUCGAAACCUUGUCAAGAUUAUAACGGCUUGCUCAAGUACUGAUUUUCUCGGUAAUGAUUUCAAGGCUUUGGUUUAUGAGUUCAUGGAGAAUGGGAGCUUAGAAGAGUGGCUGCAUCAAACAACUGGAACUGAACAAGUGACAGAAGCACCCAAAACUCUGAACUUUCUUCAGAGGCUAGACAUGGCAAUUGAUGUUGCUUGUGCACUGGAUUAUCUUCAUAAUCAUUGUGAAACACCAAUAGUCCAUUGUGAUCUCAAGCCAAGCAAUGUCCUUUUAGAUAAGAAUUUCACUGGACGUGUUUCUGAUUUCGGACUAGCAAGGUUCCUCACGGUGCCUACAGAUAACGUUUCUGCAAACCAAACAGAGUCCCUCGGACUAAGAGGGUCCAUUGGCUAUGCUGCACCAGAGUAUGGAAUGGGAAGUGAAGUAUCAACAUACGGGGAUGUGUAUAGCUUCGGCAUCCUCUUGCUAGAGAUGUUCACGGCAAAGAGACCGACUGAUGACAUGUUUAAGGACGGAUUGAACCUUCAUAGUAUGUGUAAGAUGGCUCACUCUGAGGGGGUUUCAAAUAUUGCAGAUCCAAUACUUCUUCAAGAGAUUGCUGCUACAGGCAUCAACGAAACUCCCAAUCAGCAGAACAUGAGAGCUGGAAAACUUGAAGAGUACUUGCCUCUCAUCUUUGAAAUCGGAAUUGCUUGUUCUGCUGAGUCACCAAGGGACCGGAUGAGUGUUAGUGAUGCUGCAUCCAAAUUGCGUUCCAUCAGCAACACUGCUAUUGCUUAAGAACUACUUUAUACUUGUGCUACUUUAGUACUUUACAGUUUACACUUGUGCUACUGUAUUGUAUAAACAUUAGUAUUGUGGCUCCUGCUAUCGCUGUUUUAUGUGAACAAUAUAACUACGUUUUCACUUUUGGUAAACUGCAGUGAUGGUCACUACAUUUAUUCACCACCCAAUCUGCACGCAUAAUGUCACAAUUACAAAGCAGUACUAAACCUAAUUUAUCUUCAUUUUGGAUGUACUAUAAAG